UAUGAUAAGGCUAUUGACAAGCUUGAAGGAGAGGUUAUGGCACGACUUUUUGAACUUGCAAAAAUGAAUCAAGCUGGGACUGGGUAUAAGCAGAGGCACUACAUUAGCAAGGGGAUCAAGGCACGAUCAAAAACUGUGAUGGCUACUGUCAAGUCAUAUAAUGAUGCUGCUACACGAUUGGGCCUGCCAUCUCUCAAAGUCAGUACAGUACUGAAAUACGUCUUUAUUGGCCAAUUUGACGUUCUUUGCUUGGGUCGCCUUCAAGUAGAUCAAAAGCCUUGGAUGCAAGAAGCCAAACGUAAUGCUGCACUAAAGUUUUUCAAACUCAAACAAUCCUAUGAAGAACUUCAGCAAUUAAAUGUGGAGAUUCAAAGGCUACAUAUGUACAUCAUCCAAUCAGAAGUGAAGAUGGAACAGGAGAUCAUUGAUCUUGAGUGUUGCAAUCCACUCCUUACUAUACAAUUGAAGAAACAA